UUAGACCAUCACAUUGUUCAGUUGGUACUUCCUAUCCAAUUUUGUCAUGUGUGUAUAAAUUGUAUGCGUUUUGCAUUUCUGUCAAAUCUUCGUUGAGGACGUUGCAAGUACUUGGUAGCUUAUUACUCAGUUAUGCGGUUAUACUACGUGCUUUUACUUACCACUACUGUUUGCACCAUUCACUGUAAAAAGUUUAAAGAUGAAGAUAAACCUGCUUGGGCGAAAAAGGAUAUUCGUGAUUACAAUGAUGCAGAUUUAGAGAGUUUACUUGAGCAGUGGGAGGAAGGUGAUGAACCCCUUGAAGAGGAUGAGUUGCCAGAGCAUCUUCGCCCACAGCCAAAAAUUGACUUCACUCAGGUAAAUAAACUAAUAGUUCUCGAAAUUGUUAAAUGUAUUUGGAACUAUAUGUGAAAAUGACCCAUGCUC